UGAACUCAAGUGGAAGUGUAGUGAACUGAGAACUGAACCAAACCAGGCCAGAGGAGCUCAGACGGAAGGCUGUACAAUGUCCGUGCACCCCAGAGUCGUCCACAAGAGGAGGGUGACAAUCACAGCUCUGCCUCUGUACUACUCUGGACAGCUGCUGAAGAAACACACCGAAGAGAGGGUGAGGACAAAGAAGAGAAAGAAUCAAAAUCUCCCGCCCCGACCAACCUUCCUACUCUCGGCCUCGUCCUCCCCCUCCCCUCCACCAGCCAAAGACAAGCAGGACCACCACAACCCCAACAUGCCUUUGUGUUUCUUCGAUGUGACUCGGCAGGAGGCCGAGAGGAUGCUGGAGGCAAACCUAGAGUAUGGAAGCAUCAUCCUCCGCCCGUCCACCCUGGCCAACUACUACGCCCUGACCCUCAGAAAACUGACGCCCAGUGGGCCUGUCGUGAAGAACUACAGAGUGACCUCCACAAACUCAGGGUUUGUGAUUGAAUAUGUGGUGACAGUCUUCUCUUUGAAUGAUGUACUUAAAUACUUCCUUGAUAGGACAGACUACCGUCUUCAUCCCUACGUGGCAUCUCAGCCCUACGACACUCGGAUCGAGGUGUCACCCGCUCCGAAGUGCAUCAGCAUCACCUCACCUACGCCUAAAACGGUACCCAAGGCGGAAGUGGCACCCAUGCCGCGGUCGCAAACCGCAGAGGAGCCUGAUGAUCACAACCUAAAAGAUAGUGACAUUUGUGUGUUUUUGUCUAAACUAGUUCAGUUGGACAGUGAGCUUCGGCGAGUUUUGAAUUCCCGGAGGGAAAACAUCUACAGCGCGAGUGGCGAGGAGGAAGACUCCUACUAUGAGAAUCCAACCACUGAAAAACCCCACUCUUGCACUACGAAGAGUACAGCAGUGUGACGCACGUACUGUUGUUGCUUUAGUAAGAGCCCGACUAAUUUCAUGCGCAACUCUCAUCUUCAGCUGAUAGAUAACAAGUUCCCCUGUGGAUCAGACAAAAAUUCUGCCACCUUUAGUGUUAUGAAAGUCUUUCAAACAUGCAAUGGACAAAGUUAAAAAAGUGUGGCGGCUACAUUUAAAAUGAAAGAAGUUUCUUAGACUUAGCCGC